AUGGGUGCAUCAAUGAAGACCAUAGAAAAGGAAGAAAUGAAAGCCAGUGAAUGGAAAGCAGAUGUAAAAAGCGUAGCCGGAGGCAAUAGAUGUGGCGAGAAUUUGAACCAACUUCAUCGACCCAACGGACUUUUUAUCGAUAAAAGUCAUAAUAUUUUCAUUGCGGAUUGUUUAAAUCAUCGAAUAAUGAAAUGGGAACCGAGUGCAAAUGAAGGAGAAAUUGUUGCAGGCGGAACUGGAAUAGGAAACAGAAUGAAUCAGUUGAAUAGACCAACAGACGUGAUUGUUGAUGAACAAGACAAUUCGUUGAUCAUCGCUGAUCGAGGGAACAGAAGAGUGAUUCGAUGGUGGAGUCAAAACAACCAAGAAAUUCUCAUCAACGAUAUCCAAUGUUCGAGCUUAACAAGAGAUAAAGAUAACUUUCUUUAUGUUUGUGAUGAUGAGAGACAUGAAGUAAAAAGAUGGACAAUCGGAGAUACACAAGGGAAAGUGGUUGGUGGUGGAAAUGGACGUGGAAAUCAACUUAAUCAAUUCGAUCAUCCUCAUUUUAUCUUCGUUGAUGAUGAACAAUCGAUUUAUAUUUCAGAUCUUUGGAAUCAUCGUGUAAUGAAAUGGAAAAAAGAUGCACACGAAGGAGUUAUUGUUGCUGGUGGAAAUGGAAGUGGAGAUAGUCUAAGUCAAUUAAAUUGUCCUACAGGAGUCAUUGUUGAUGAUUUCGGUCAAGUUUACAUUGCAGAUUAUUUAAAUCAACGGAUAAUGCGUUGGAGAGAACGAGACCAACACGGUGAAAUAAUUAUUGGUGGAGAUGCUUGGGGAGAGAAAUCCAUUCAACUGUCUGGUCCCUCUGGUAUAUCAUUCGAUAUUGAAGGAAAUCUUUAUGUUGUCGAUAGUGAAAAUCACCAAGUCCAACGGUUCGAUUCAGUUUUACUAAAACGCAACAUUACUCGUCGUUUGUUGAAAGAUUUAGUCAAAUCAAAACUAACAAUUAUUUGUCUCAAUAUCCCACUUAGUUCUACGUAUUUCACAAAUAUGGAAUAUUAUGAGAAUGAUUACAGAUUUCUCUGCGAUCUUUCAAACAUCAAACAGAAACAAAUUCGUCUUAUUUUACCAAUAGCCACAGCCAAAGAUCUCGUACCACUGAUUCAUAACUAUCAUUUUGUUGAAUUCUUCUAUAUUUUAAGCUCUUCAACGGUAAAUAACGAUGAACAAAGUUGGAUUGGUCAGUAUCCAAAAAUCUUCGGCAUAUUCGAUUCACAAAAUGAAAUAGUGAAAGCAAUCCACAAAAGUGAUAGUACUUAUUUCUCUGCAAGUUUGUUUAGUGAAAGAGAUCUCGUCUAUUCAUUAUAUACACAAACUAUAUGUACGAAACACAAGGAUUCUUUUGCUACGAUUAAGAACACUUUGAAUGAUGUUUACAUGAAAUUUAUCUUAUGCUCUGAUUAUACCACAGAUCAAUUACCAUUGAUUACACAAUUUAACAACAGUCAAUAUGAUUUUCUUAGUUUUCAACUGAUGUUCGACAUCCUAUACGAUUUACCAUCUCUUUCGAAUCCUGCUGAUAAAGACAUGAUAUCUUGCAGUCAAUCAUGCCGAGUAUAUCAUAAAGUAUUUGAUACAAUUGCAAGAAAUAUUCAAGAUCAUUCAUUGGCAGACUUGAUAGACGAUUCAAGAGAUAUUUCCGCUUCUUUCUUUACUUUCAUUGAGCAUUUAUACAAACACGGAUUAUCUAUGGAAAGAAUUUUAACAUCCCAGCAAUUACUCGUCAAUAUUCGAGAUGUUAUUAAUCAUUUAGAACCGUGUACUUCUCCAUCUACAGUUUAUUGUGUACAACUUAUCAAAAGCGAUCAAACCAAUUUAUUUGAAAAUCAAAACCAUUCAACGCUUAUCACUUUCCAUUCUCAUCUUCUUGCAUCGAGAAAUAUUUUAACUACGCGUACAAUUGCCCGUGAAUUGAAGAAAAAAGAAUAUCAAAGUGUGAUUUUGGAAAUUUACGUUCCAAAAAAAUAUGUUCAUACAGUACAUUAUAUUGAUACUGAUCGUAUCGUAUUCCAUUUAGGAUCGAUAUUCCAAAUACAUUCGACUGAACUGUCAUUCGAUGGAAUUUUGUAUAUAAAAUCAAACUAUAUUUUAUAUUCAAAUGAUUUCCUCAAAGAACAGAUUUAUUUUCAAACUCAACAAAACUUCACAUGGUUCACUUUUGGAACUUAUCUUUCGAUUUUAAAGAAAUAUGACGAUGCUCUUGUUUAUUAUCGAUAUAUAUUAGAUCAUGUUAAUUUAGAUAACUCAAAUCGAGCAUCGAAAAAUAAGGACGUGGAAUCAAUAAAUCAUAACGUGCCGGUUUCUGAUCUAGAGAAAAUUUUCUUGAACGAUGACCGAACUAGUAUAUCUCCAUUGAUCAUGAAUAUCGAAACCUACGACGAACCAACACUCGUUGAUUCCAAGAGAGCUCUCAGCGAAUAUUUUACUGGAGUUUGGUUUUGUGAUCAUCAAGCAGAAAUACCCGAAGACACGAACACUGAGUUGAACAGACAAUUACGAGAGUUAUUUACAAGUUUUUACAUUAUUGAUAAUACCUUUGAAUUAUUCGAUUAUAUCAAAAACGAAGAUCGAGCAACAUUAUUAUGUUUAAUUGUUAGUAGUAAAUAUGGAGAAUAUAUUAUCGAUACAAUUAGAAGACAUAAUAAAAAAUGUCAAUUCAUUUACCGGUUCGAGUAUGAACUCAAUGAUUUGCAUUAUCAAACUCCAAUAUUCACAAAUAUAGGUGCACUUUUUGAGAAAAUAUCUACAAAUAUUCAACAAUUUAAUAGAAAUCAUUCGAUCUCAACUAAAGAUGAACUUCGUCAAAACGAUACUCUUGGUGACCAAAGGCUCAGAGAUCUAUUUCCUGGAUUGUCUAUUUACAAUUUCUCAAUAAAACAAAAUCCAAUUCAAUUUUUUAGCGAAGAUUCAUUGAAAUUUCUCCUUUUCCAAACUCUUACCGAUAUUAUUUGUGAAAUGAACCAGGAUCAAGCAUCUUUCAAUGAUUUGAUAUGCGAAUGUCGAGGUUUUUAUCAUAACAAUCCUUCCAUGUGGUCUCACAUCGAAGAUUUCAAAGUUAACUAUAAGUCUUCCAGUCAAGCCAUUUUCUACUACACACAAAGUCAGUUCUUGUAUCGUACUUUAAGUCGAGCAUAUCGCAGUGAAAAUAUUGAAAAUGUUUAUCAAUGUAGAAAAUUCAUUGCAGAUUUACAUCGUAAUUUAGAAGAAUGUCAGAGAACUAAGAAAAAAUCUGUACAAUUCAAGACUUUAUAUCGUGGAUCCAAAUUGCCUCGUUCUAUUAUUCAGCAGCUGAUUGACCAUCGAGAUCAUCUUAUCUCUAUCAAUGGAUUCGUUUCAACAACAACUGGUCGUGAAGUAGCACAAUUCUUUUCUGGUGAUGAUGAAACCGAAAAUAGUAGAGUUAGUGUUGUUUAUGAGAUGAGUAUUGAUCAAAAUUUCAAUCGAGUAUUCGCAAAUAUCAGAGAGGAAAGUCAUUUUGGAGAUGAAGAUGAGGUUCUUAUGGCAACUGGUACGGUUUGGAAAACCAAGUCAGUCGUACGGCAAAAUAAUAUUUGGACUAUUACAUUAGAAUCUUGUGACAAAAUGGAUUCAAAAUUACGAAAAAUCAAACGUUCCCUUAUUCAUGGAUCCAGUCUUCUUUCACUUGCUGAUAUUCUAAGAAAGCAAGGUGAUUUGGUCAAAGCUGAACGAUUUUAUAAACGAACGCUUAACGACGAUUCCUUUGAAGAAAAAAAGAAAGGUUUUGUCUAUAGUGGACUAGGAAUGAUUUAUCUUCAACGUGAACAAAUUGAUGAAGCUGUUAAAUAUCUUCAAAUGGCGCUUCCAUUGCUUGAGCAACAAUCAGAUCAAACUUUUAAUACCUCGUCAUCAGUAUACUUGUUCUCGUCCGACGAGCCAACAACACGAAUUCAAGUUCUUCAUAAUAUCGGACUUGUUUAUCAAAAAAACCGCGAGUAUGACCAAGCUUUUGAAUGGUAUAAGAAAGCGCUCAAGGAAACAAAAGAAACUUCCAAUACUUACGAAAAAGCAGUGGUUUGCUACAACAUAGGUCGUUUAUUCAUUACUCAAGGUCGAUAUUAUGAUGCGUAUCAGUAUUACAAACAGUCAGUAGAACUAACUCCUCUUGGUCACCCAAAGAGAAGAACGUUUCAAAAUGCGUUAGACAAUGUCGAAAAUUUAUCAAGUUCGGAAAUAUGUCCCACAGCGACAUGGUCGAAAGACGGAAUUACAGUUGCGGGUGGAAAAGAUUAUGGACGUAACCUUGACCAAUUAGCUCAUCCUUUUGGAAUAUUUCUUGAUGAUAAUGAUACAAUUUAUAUCGCAGAUCAUGAUAAUGAUCGAAUCGUUAAGUGGGAACAAAAUGCUACAGUCGGUCAAUGGGUUGCAGGUGUAAAAGGUGAUCAAGAUGGUAGUCAUCAAUUUCCAUUAUUUAUGCCAGAUGAUAUUGUUGUUGAUAAAAAUGGUACGAUUUAUAUAAGUGAUGGUGGAAAUCAUCGAGUUGUUCGCUGGCAUCCAAAUAAAGAUGAAGGUGAAGUUCUUAUUGAUAAUAUUCAAGCUACUGGGAUUGGACAGGAUAAUCAAGGAUUUAUUUAUGUAUCAGAAUAUGCUGAUGGAACGACAACAAAAUGGGAUUUUAAUGAUGAUGAAUUUAGUGGGGAAAUUGUUGCGUCAAAAUUACGUCAAUCAUAUUUAAUAUUCAUUGAUCAGAAACGAACAAUUUAUUCGACAGGAUAUUUAACUCAUCGAAUUGUUAAAAUCGCUGAAGGAGAAGACGAACCAAGUCUUGUUGCUGGGCAAUCCGAUAGGUCAGGCGAUGAUUUUGAUAAAUUAGAUGAACCAUCAGGUGUCUAUGUUGAUGAACAAGAAACAGUUUAUAUUGCCGAUCAAGGAAAUAACCGAAUUAUGCGUUGGUUAAAAGAUGCAACAAAUGGAACGUUAAUUGCUGGUGGAAAUGGGCGUGGUUCUGCACCAAAUCAAUUCGAUAAACCUUCGGAUGUAUUUCUUGAUCGACAAGGAAAUUUGUAUGUUACUGAUAUGAUAAAUAAUCGUGUGCAAAAAUUUCUCCUUGAUAAAAAUUCUUGUCAAUAA